AUGGACUGGCAACUGAGUGGUCCUUUAAGAGUAUUUUGGAGAUCAAAAGAGUGGGAUAACCAAGCUUCAAAAUUUGCUUCGGAUGAGUCGCUGGCUCAACAGAAAAAGAUUAGUGGUAAAAAAAGGGGGAAGCGCAAGAGACAAAGAACCCCAAGUGACCCUGCGGAGUCUAAUGAGCAGCUGAGUUAUGGUCAAAGAGUCACAUUCCCCUGCUCUGUCUGCCACCAAGAAAUCAAUGCAGCUCAAACUUUUCUUCAUAAGAAACAUCACAAUGCUCUGAGUAUGCUGGGUUUCCAGUGGAUGGGAGGGAAGAAACCGAAGCCCUCAGUGGUCAGUAUUCAGAGGCAGUUAGUGAUUUCUAAACUAUUGACAUCUUUUAUGUUCAGUGAAAAAGUUCUUCAGAGUUUGAAUUACGCAUUUGAGCUGCUUUGGAAGAAACAAGUCCCAUCAUACUUCAGACUUUGUGAUAAGGUUGGUCAGACUUUUACACAUUGUCCAAAUAUCUCCCAUCUGCUGAUUAAAGGUGUAGCCAUCUGUGGCAACAGUAAUUCAACCUGGAAAGCUGACCCAGAUGGUAAAUUUACGAUCAUGAAUGAUUUUGGUGAUAAAGCCAAUGUGUGCUUUUUUGGUUUGUUUGAUGGCCAUCAUGGCAAUGCAGCAGCAGAUCUGGCAUCAAAGGAGUUCCAGGUUUUACUUCUCCAUCAACUGUCUAAACAGGAUCCUUCCUACCAAAUGACAGCUGAGCAGCAGCAACUGAUUGAUUCCUUUCAGACUGUGUUCAGGGAAGAAUACAGAGCCUCAGAAGAGGCCUUCUCUUCCACAUACAAAACCUUCAGAACCAAUAGACGAGAGUAUGAAGAAAUACACAAAGUCUUUGCAAAGGCAUUUUGGAGAAUGGAUAGGCUUCUACGGCUCGGAAGGAACGAGGUUUCCCGGGUUUGGUGGAGUGGCUGCUCCGCGCUCACUUGUAUCUUGGAGGGUGUGAUUAAGAACCCAUACACUAAUAAGGAUCAGCAGUGUGCUGACUGUUUUCCUUCCCAAAAGAUCCCACAGAUCAUCUCUGGAGUACUACACAUUGCAAAUGCUGGCAAUGUGCAAGCCAUCUUAUGCAGAAAUGGAAAAGGGUUUUGCCUGACCAAAGAACACACUACACGAAACACCAAAGAGAGAAGAAGAGUCCUUCAGAGAGGAGCAGUCAUCAGUUCAAAUGGCCUCCUGGAAGGGCACAUAAAAACCACCAGAGGUCUUGGAUUCCAUGGAAACCUCACACUGAAGAAGUUCAUUAUUCCAGCACCCCAAACAAUUUCUGUCCCUAUAGAUGAUUUAUGUCAGUUUCUCAUCUUAGCCACUGAUGGGCUUUGGGAAGUUCUGGACAAGAAGGAAGUCACUGCACUGGUAUUAACCUUGUUUCAUGCAUAUAAAGAAACAUGUGCUUCUAGCACUAAAAACAAAUCCUGGUCAUCUAAAGAGCCUCUUUCACCAUCAGACAGUAACAUCCGAGUGCUGUUCCAGUACAAACCUGAAUAUGAAGAAGUUAUGUCAACUACUAAUCUAACGGAAAAGUCAUCUAAUUCAGUAUUUUCUGAAGCUUGCAUUUAUCAGGCUAAAAAUACAGAAACAUUUCCUCCAGAAGUGACUAAUUAUGACCCUUGCAGCAAGAAUGAACUAUAUGCUAAGAAUUUCUAUGAAGGUGCAGCUGAGUACAUUGGCUGGGAACUUAUAAAUACUGCUUUAGAAGGUGGUUCCAGAGACAGCAUUACUGUUAUGGUAAUGUUUCUAAAUGGCAGUGAGUAUCAGCUGCUGUCAUAAAAACAUUCUGAAGACCUAGAGUAGCAAACAGUACCACAAAGACUUCAGUGCAUCAGACUCUAG